UUUCCAAAUUGGGAAAGAGCAUUUUUCGUUCAUGUCAAAAAUAAAAAAAAAAAUGACUUCGAUUUUCCCCAAUUGCACUGAAAAGCAACUAAAUCGCGAAGAUCCGAUCGCGUAAACAAAAACACAUGGCCGAUCGGAAUACGCAAGCUGAGCAGCUGCCGUCGAAGCGCUCACAAGGACGAUUAGACAGAAAAGCCAAAUUCCGAGAAUCAAAAAAGCGACGAGUAAACGGCAUCGCUAUCGAUAAAGCGCCCAAUACCCUUGGUAUCGACGCUGCUAAGCUAGAAGGACCUAUUAACGCCGUAUCGUUCGCCGCUGCACGAAUUCAUGAGAUCGACGCACUUCAGUCCAGUAUAAAAAAAGCCAGCUUCGAGGCCAACACCAUAGCUUUCCCACCCAUGCACCGAACCAUGCGUCGACGUGCUGCAAGUCAUAUACUUCAUGGGUUCCCUGCGCGUAUGAGAGCGGUGAAAGCCAAUAAAUCGGCCAAUAAAGGAAAAACACGGACAUUUUCAUGGAGAUCUAGCACCUUUACUAAAGAGUGCUUAAAAGGGCACCAUAAUCAACGAUGGCUGGAAACUUAUAUGUGGCACAUAAAACGGAUGAAGAUGGACAACAAAUGGGGAUAUCGAUUGGCUACUCAUCCAAUGCUGAAAUCAUACCGAGUCAUGUAUCGUGCAUUCACUCGCUUCUCCAUGGUUCACGACGCAUCUUAUUAUGGGUGUAUUGAAAUGACAGGAGAGAUGGACGCUAUCAGCAGCGUUCUGGAUACAAUCACCGAUCCGUUCUUGCCCUCAGUAGGCAGUGCUAGAUUCAAAGAGGGACUGCGCUCUGGGCAGACCUGGAUUUAUCAGUGUCAGUCGUAUCCUCGAAAUCUCAUUGCCCCUAUUUCAUAUCUGUGGCGACCCACUACGACAGCCAAUGCAAGUAGGGCAUUAUGGAUUUGGGUGCACCCGUCUGCGUAUAAUGCCGUUUUUUCGUGCAUUGAAAGUUGUAUUAAAUCGAAGGACAGAUCUACAGAUAUUAGGAUAACAGAUCUUCGUAGUGAGCUGGUCCGGUUUGAGUUAACGGGCCCUCGGUCAACCGAACUUCUGCAAACUAUUCUGAUCACAGCUGAUAAUCAUGAGAUCGAAACUAAUUCAAACGCUCAUCAAGUUUGGAAAGAUAUGAAAUACCUCAAAAAUGCAUGCUCACUGUCUUCAGGCGUUGUCCUUGGUUUGAAUGUCGAAGACCCUCGUUUAAGGUUCCCACAAAAGAUACCACCACUGCCAGCAACGGUUCCUCCUGAUGUCACGGCACGGUUGGAGGCAGUAAUACAACGAUGGCCACAUGAUGUUGCGAAUUCAGAUAUUUGGGAAAGCAAUGUACGAAAACACAUAUACGAUUCAAAGAACUCGGAUUAUUCUCUGAUAAAACGAAGAGAACAGAAUCUAUUACCUGGAACGAAUCUUGAAUUUACAUCGGACGACAAUCGUAUCCCUGUUUUGCUCAUCCAACGAAAUAACCCUAUCAUUGAUAAUACCGGGAACAACCAGUUAUCCCACCCCAAUAUGCCCGUGAUCCCAGGCUGGACAGUCAUUCUACCUCGAGGAUGGGGUAGCGCCUUCUGGAGAUCGCUAAUAUUCGCUGGUGCAAAAGUCGCUGGAGUAAAUGACGUUCGUAACACUCACUGGGAAUCCGGCUUUGGUUCUUUCCCGUACGAUUUUCCUGGUACACGCGCGUUUGUAAAAGAGAGAAGCCGAUCAAAAACUGCUGCUGAAGCCAUUUGGAUGAGAAAGCCGGUAACCAAGCGUGUUAAUUAUGCAAAGUUCAAAAUUGAUCAUCCAUUCGAGUGCGCCUUUGAAACUCUCAUUAACACUGGGUCUUCCACCACAAGCAAUCAGUUGCCGUGUGCUAUUUUGCUGCAAGGAAAGAAACUUAUUACUUGCAUCAAAGCGGCCGAAGAUACCACAACUGUUGAAAAGCAAUUACAAGACUUAAUGGGGGCCAUGACGGCUAAGCGAAAAAUCGCCCCACCAGCACCGUUUACUUUGAACGACGUUUUACUCAAGAUCAGGAUUACAUACAUCCAACGCGGUCGACCGCAUACCAACGCAUUGAUAUAUUUACUGGACGACAAAGAAGAGUAUCAGCAGUAUGUUCGUUCAUUUGGUUCCGCGGCCAAGGCUAUAGAAUCAAAUGAAUCGGCGGAUGAAAACCAUACCUCACAGCAAUUUUCUCAAUCUCCAAGACAUAUUGGUUAUGUAACCAACGGUGGAUUCUCACUAAUGAACGGAUGUGGUUUCGGCGUGGGUGCUUGUAGUGCUCAUGGAUUCCGAGCCUUGCUAGAUGUCAGCCAAAGAUCCGUGAAUCACAUUGUUCUUGUUCGAAAUCCAAGCAGUCGGAGAUACUACCCUGCCAAGUUAGAGCUCAUGUGCUAGAGUUUUUCAUAGAUAAAGUAUCUUUCAGGUCCAUAUAGACAUAGUAAAUUUGAGCCAUCUGUAACUGCGAAACAAAGCCUAUGUAUUUCUAGACAGCUACUGUCGCUUUCAUCCAUCAAUUUCCAAAACUUUUUAGCACCUCUGUUUUCUGUCUUUAUAUCCCUAGUAAUUACAUUUCAAUUAUCGUGAGAGAAUC